AAGUAAUAUAUAGCCAGUAACACGCUGGGUUUCCCUGCGGACGCGGAGAGAACACUAAACAGGUCGCACCAGAGACAAUGCUGGCAAACGUGGUUGCAAACGAGGCGAAAGACGAGCUAUGGUGGUCUAUUUACGCUUGGUGGUCGUGCGUGCUCGUGCUGAAGAUGAUGUUGCUGACUUGGUAUACCGGGCAGAUUCGAGUGAGAGAACAGGUGAUCCACAGCGAGGAGGACAGAAUGUGGAUGGUAAAAAAACCGAAAAUAAUUUUAUGUCCAACUGGCAAUGGUCAUCCUGACGUGGUUCGCAUACGGAGUGCCCAUCAAAAGGAUCUCAAGACUGUUCUUCCUUUUUUACUCAUUACGCCGCUCUGGUUGAACGUCGAAACAUGCAAUUCUACGGUGAAGAUUUUAAUACCCGCCUUUUCAAUGAUCAGUAUAAUGUAUACUUUAGUACAUAUGCAAUUGAUAAAAAUGUCCGCUCCUUGGAAAUUCUACUUUUCUAUAAGUUUAUAUUACAUUUUGACUUACAUAUGCGCAAUGACUGCACUGAGAUAUACUGUUUCUAUCCCGAAAUUGAUUUAGCUAAUAAGAAUAAACACAGAAACUAUGAGAAUAUAAUAUGUUAUAUUAUAAACUGAUUUCACGGAAGAAUAAACAAAAAUAUUUUAAAAUCAAA